UCUCUAUCACCAAUUAUUGUUGUCGUUACUCUCUGAUUUUCUCUUUCUCUCUCUAUAUAUAUGAUAAAGUAUUCACAACUGGAGAUGCUUUACUCACGCCACAGGAGUAUCCUACAACCACCAACAUGAAGACUGUACUGUUCUUCAUGUUUUCAUUGAUUUUUUACUCGAAUUUUGCAUUCGGACAAGCAGCAAAGCUCGACCAGAAAGAAGUGAAGGUACUCAAAGAAUUAGGGGAAAAAUUAGGGCUAGCGGGGAAGAAGGAAUGGAAUUUGGACAAGGAUCCGUGCAGUGGCGAAGGAAAUUGGGGACGUGGCGAGUACAGAAAAGGCUUUGAGGUCUCUGUUGAAUGCGAUUGCUCUUUCGAUCGUAAUGCUACCUGUCACGUCCAUCGCAUAGCUUUGAAAUCCCAGAACAUCUCAACUGCUAUUCCACCAGAGUUUUCCAAGCUUCGGUACCUUAAGGAAUUGGACCUCAGUCGUAACUGCCUCAAUGGAACUAUACCUCCCCAAUGGGCUACAAUGCGCUUGGUUGACCUCUCUCUCAUGGGAAACCGAUUAUCUGGCCCAUUUCCAAGAGUUCUCACCAGAAUUACCACCCUUGUAAAUCUGAGCAUGGAAGGAAAUCGUUUUUCAGGAUCCCUACCCCAAGAGAUUGGGAACAUGAAAAGUUUGCAGAAACUCACUCUAUGUUCAAAUGCUUUCACUGGACAGCUGCCUGCUGCACUUGCAAAACUUACCAACCUCACUGAUCUGAGGAUAUGUGACAAUAAUUUCACUGGAAAGAUACCAGACUUCAUUGGCAAUUGGACAGAAAUUGGGAAAUUGCAUAUACAAGGUUGUUCUCUUGAGGGGCCAAUUCCUUCUAGCAUCUCUGCCUUAACAAAACUAACUGAUCUGAGGAUCAGUGACUUGAAAGGUAGAGGAUCUAGUUUCCCGCCAGUGCAGAAGAUGGAAGCACUGAGUAAACUGAUACUUAGGAAUUGUUUUAUCCAUGGGACAAUCCCCAACUACAUCGGGAAUAUGAGAAAAAUGAAAACUCUAGACCUUAGUUUCAACAACUUGACUGGUGAAAUCCCACCAUCUUUUUCCCAACUAGGAAAAACAGAUUACAUUUACUUGACACAAAAUAAUCUUACUGGACCUCUGCCUGGAUGGAUCUUUUCAAGCACCAAGACAGUGGAUGUUUCUUAUAACCAUUUUACUUUGGGUACUUCUGGUCCAAAUGACUGUCCACGAGAAGGGACAAUAAACAUGGUGGAGAGCUAUUCUUCGUCAGCAAAUAAACAAAACAAUAUUCACUCAUGUCUAAAGAAAGAUUUCCCAUGUCCUAAUUCGGCUAGACAGCCCUAUUCUCUAUACAUCAAUUGUGGAGGCAGAGAAGUGAACAUCAAUACCGCCACCAAAUACCAAGCUGAUUUAGAGGCAAAAGGUGCCUCAACAUAUUACAUGGGGCGAAACUGGGCAUUUAGCAGCACAGGGAACUUCUUAGAUGAUGACAUCGAUUCUGAUCUCUACAUUCUUCCCAACACAUCUAGUCUCCAUAACGUGUCCACAUCUGAGACACGACUGUAUACAACGGCACGCACGGCCCCCAUUUCUCUCACUUACUAUGGACUCUGUCUUAUAAAUGGGAACUACACUGUCAGACUCCACUUUGCAGAGAUUAUUUUCUCCCAAGACAACACAUUUAACAGCCUUGGGAAGCGUGUAUUUGAUGUUUAUGUACAGGGGGAGUUGAAACUAAAGGAUUUUGAUAUCGCAAAGGAGGCUGGAGGUACUGGUAGGCCAGUUAUAAAGACAUUCAUAGUUAAUGUGACAAGUAAGACAGUCAAGAUUCAACUUUUCUGGGCUGGAAAAGGCACUACUGGAAUUCCUCUUAGAGGAAGUUAUGGUCCUAUUAUAUCUGCUAUAUCAGUUGAUCCGAACUUUAAACCUCCAGUUUAUGGAAAAAAGAUUGAGGUUGGUUUAAUAGUUGGGACAGUUGCUGGAGGACUGUUUUUUAUAUUUUUAAUCCUUCUCAUCUUGUGGAGAAAAGGCUACCUUAUGGGUAAAAAAGCAGCAGAUAGAGAGCUUAGAGGUCUAGACCUGCAAACAGGCAUAUUUACUCUAAGACAGAUAAAAGCUGCAACAAAGAACUUUGAUCUAUCAAACAAGCUUGGAGAAGGUGGCUUUGGUGCCGUUUACAAGGGUCUAUUGUCUGAUGGGACAAUAAUUGCAGUGAAGCAACUAUCGUCAAAGUCUAAACAAGGAACUCGUGAAUUUGUCAAUGAAAUUGGCAUGAUUUCGGCACUGCAACACCCAAAUCUUGUGAAACUCUACGGAUGUUGUGUUGAAGGGAACCAGUUGUCGUUGAUUUACGAGUACAUGGAAAAUAACUGCCUAUCUCGAGCCCUUUUUGCGCGAGACAAAGUGUCGAAAGCAAAGCUAACAUGGCCAGUGAGGUGGAAAAUAUGCCUAGGGAUAGCCCGAGGUCUGGUUUAUCUCCACGAAGAGUCACAACUGAAAAUAGUACAUAGAGACAUCAAGACUAGCAAUGUGUUGCUUGAUAAAGAUCUCAAUGCAAAAAUAUCUGAUUUUGGUUUGGCAAAGCUUAACGAUGACGGAAAUACCCACAUCAGUACUCGUAUUGCAGGAACCAUAGGUUAUAUGGCUCCAGAGUAUGCCAUGCGCGGUUACUUGACUCCUAAAGCAGAUGUUUAUAGUUUCGGAAUCGUUGCUUUAGAAACGGUUAGCGGAAAAAGCAACACCAACUACAGGCCCAAAGAAGACUUUGUUUACCUUCUUGAUUGGGCAUAUGUUCUACAAGAAAGAGGAAGUCUCCUAGAACUGGUUGAUCCAGAUUUGGGGUCCGAGUAUUUGCCAGAGGAAGCAAUGACGAUGCUGAACGUAGCGCUUCUGUGUACGAAUGCAUCGCCAACGCUUAGACCAACAAUGUCUCAGGCCAUGAACAUGCUCGAAGGUCGAACCAACGUUCAAGAUUUGCUAUCGGACCCUGGGUUUUCGACCAUCAAUCCAAAGGUGAAGGCCUUAAGAAACCACUUCUGGCAACAUCCAAGUGAAACCCUCACCAUGAGUGAUGACCCAUGUACUGAGUCCUUGCUCUCUCAAUCAUAGAUAGGCCAAGCAAACCAAUUACUAACACUCAUGGUUUGAUGUGUAUAUAGACAAAAAUGAGAAAACUCAUAAUUGUAACAAUCUACAAAUACUGUUACUAUUAUCACAAGACACAAAACUCACCAAAGGAUGAGUUUUCAACCUUUUUUCUAGCUUAAUA